AUGGCUUUGAUUGUGGAUCAACAUGCAAACUUGAAACAUUACUGUAAAAUUUGCAAGAAGGGAUUUGGUUGUGGAAGAGCGCUUGGUGGGCACAUGAGGGCGCAUGGAAUUGGAGAUGAGAGUGGUCAUAUUGACGAUGACGAUCAGGCUAGCGAUUGGGAGGAUAAACUUGGAGGCAAUAUACCACCUAGUAAUAAGCGUAUGUACGCGUUAAGAGCUAACCCCAAUCGUUUAAAGAGCUGUCGUGUUUGUGAAAACUGCGGGAAAGAAUUCUUGUCUUGGAAAUCUUUUCUUGAACAUGGUAAAUGUAGCUCUGAGGAUGCUGCUGAGUCUCUUGUUUCUUCACCAGGAUCAGACGGUGAAGACGGCACACCACGAAGAGGGUGUGGUUGGUCUAAAAGAAAAAGAUCUUUGAGAGCUAAAGUUGGUAAUUUUAACUCGAAUUGCCCGUCAAGUGAAGAAGAAGAUCUCGCUAAUUGUCUUAUGAUGUUAUCUAACGCAAACGUUGAUCCUUUAGAGGCUGAACCUGAAGAGUCUUGUGCUUCGGCUAGUAAAGAUGAGGAACGAAGAAAUACAAUGAAUUUUAUUGCUCCUAUUUCAUGUAGACUGCCCAUGGAUAAGGCCAAAGGGGUUGCUAAAGGAUUGUUUGAGUGUAAAGCAUGCAAGAAAGUGUUCAAUUCUCAUCAAGCAUUAGGCGGACAUAGAGCUAGUCAUAAGAAAGUAAAAGGGUGUUUCGCGGCCAGGCUCGAUCAUAUGGAUGAUAGUUUAGCUGAUGAAGAUCUUGAUGUGAUCACACACGAAGAGUUUUUUCCUACUAAAUCAACGCCAAAUUUUCAUUUUGAGCAUGGCACAAAUACUCCAUUGCCAUCUACAUCAAAAAGAAAACCAAAAGUUCAUGAAUGCUCAAUUUGUCAUCGGGUUUUUUCAUCAGGACAAGCUUUGGGUGGUCAUAAAAGGUGUCAUUGGAUCACUUCAAAUUCGCCAGACACCUCAUCGUUGGUUAAGUUUCAUCAAUUUCAUCACGAUACCAUGGAUCAAAUUCAGCAGCAAAGACCAAAAUUCAUCGACAAUUCUGAUCCACUUGAUCUUAAACUUGAUCUUAAUCUUCCUGCCCCGGAUGACGAUCAUGGUGCAGCAAGAAGGGAGAACGUAAAGCCAUCAAGCUUUCAAGUGUCAACAGAGAUUUACCUACAGCCAUGGAUAGGGAAAGAAAAUAAUGAAGAUAAUUACCAAAGCCAUCAAGUUAACAGUGACCUUAAUAUUAAAAACAAAAAUAAUUGUAACAGUUCAAUGCAGAACGUGGAUGACGAAGCGGACAGUAAAGUGAAGUUAGCAAAGUUAAGUGAACUAAAGGACAUGAACAUGAGUGGAGGUUCAUCUCCAUGGUUGCAAGUGGGGAUUAGUUCAACUACUGAUAUGGAAGCUGACCCAUAAACAUUAAAUUUUCUGUUUCUAGUGAUAGUAACCACC